UGUUGAAUUGAGUAGUUACUGGGUUCUAAUAUUGUUAUUGAUCUUCGUUUUAUAUGAGUUAGAAGAAUUGAAAACAUUGAGGUUUCAUUUAUAUUUGUCAGUGUUUAUAUUAAUGAUCAAAAUAAUUUAGGUUUUGAUUCAUUAUAUUAUUCUGACUUAGUAAUUGACUUCUUAGUUUAUUGAACUCAUAAACAAGUCAAAAUGAUGGAACUAUCCCACAGUUUGACUCUAAAUGAGGAGGCAUUGAGUCAAAUAGCUGAAGCAAAAAGGCCAGUCUUUGUUUUUGAAUGGUUACGAUUUUUAGAUAAAGUUCUUGGAGCAGCUCAGAAGUCAGACAUUAAGGAAUGCCAGAAAAAACUAGUAGAACAGUUGUUGAAUCAAGUCCACGAGUCACCAGGACCUCCUACCAGAAGACUAAUCGCAAGAUGUCUUGCAACACUCUUCAGUGUUGGAGAUACAUUUCUCCUCUUCGAAGCAGUCAAUAGAUGUACAGAUAUUUUGAAAAACAAAGAUGAUUCCCCCAGCGUCUUACCGACAAGACUGGGGGCAAUUACCUGUAUAGGAGCCAUGUAUGAAAAGCUGGGAAGAAUGAUGGGGAGAUCACACGAAGAAGCUGUCACAGUUAUGCUGAAGUCUCUUAAGAAUGCCGAGUCACAGACUCGCUGUGAAACAAUGGUAACUAUGGAGAAGAUUAUUGCUGGUAUGGGAACAGCUGCUGCAUCUGUUCAUAAAGAUAUCUUUAAAGCUGCUAAGCACUGUAUGACUGACCGUGUUAUGCCAGUAAGAUGCGCAGCUGCCCAGUGUUUACAGGAGAUGCUGAAACAUGUACCAUUUGUUUAUACAUCUGAACUGGAGACUGUGGCUUCCCUGUGUUUUCGAUCCUUUGAAGGGUCUAACUACGAAGUUCGAUGUGCUGUUGCUAAUCUGCUUGGAACACUUGUUGCUACCACUCAACAGGCUUCACAGCCUGCAGUGGGUAAAAAUCGCCUCGCAACAUUCGAAGAAGUGUUAGCUUUGAUGUCCUCGGGAUUUCUUCGUGGUGGUAUUGGUUUCUUGAAAGGUGGUGCAGGAGAGAUGAUUAAAGGUAGUUCUAAUGUCAGUAGAGAAAUCAGGGUUGGAGUGACACAUGCUUAUGUUGUUUUGGUUCGACAACUUGGAGGCUUGUGGUUGGAAAGGAACCUGAAUACCCUCUUAGUCCACCUUCUGGAGCUUGUUUCUAGUCCUAGAGCAGCAACCUCACAUGUUGAUGCCGUUUACAGCCGCAAAUGCAUUGCCUUCAUCUUGCGUUCAGUUUUGGGCAAGAUGCUAGGAGAAAAGGCUCAGGCAGCAGCUUGCAAAGACUUAGUACAGAUUAUUGCGAAGUAUUCAAAUGCAGAUGCUGCAGCAGAGUCCUCUGGCAGUAAAGAAGGCUUACAAGAAGCAGCCCUUGCUCAACAUGUUCUCGUGUGUGCUCUGCAAGAGCUUGGUUGUUUAAUAUCUAGUCUUGGAACCACAGCCUCUUCGGUAGUGAAUGAUUCUUCCUCAGGUAUAAUUGAAGCUGUGGUAUCAGUUUUAAUUCACUCAAGUGCAGCACGACUUGCAGCUGCGUGGUGCUUGAGGUCCAUUGCAACAGCUGUAUCAUCUCAGCUAACUCCAUUGCUAGACCGAUGUCUAGAGCAACUAGAUACCCUUAAAGCGUCACCCGAGGCUAUUUGUGGAUAUUCUGGAGCUUUGUCGGCACUUCUUGGAGCAGCAUGUUAUACUGCAUUAGGCAUCCCUCACAGUAAAGGAAAGAUCAUAUUCAAUGUAGCGGAGGAUCUUCUUCGCACAGCAUCACAGAAUAGUAGACUGUCUGUCCAACGUACUCAAGCUGGUUGGUUAAUGAUUGGAGCAGUCAUGACAUUGGGUCCACCUGUGGUUCGUGGACUUCUGCCAAGAAUGUUGCUUCUUUGGAAGAACUCUUUUCCAAGGUCAACAAAAGAACUAGAAUCAGAAAAGGCUAGAGGAGAUGCUUUCACAUGGCAAGUAACCCUUGAAGGAAGAGCAGGAGCAUUAGCAGCUAUGGCAAGUUUUCUGGUACACUGUAAAGAACUUGUCUCUGAAGAGGUGGUGCGUAGAUUGCUGUCACCAGUUGAAGCUGCUCUUGCCAUGCUAACAAGCUUAACAAACCUGGUCAAGUCAUAUGGACAGCACUUGAAGGCAGCUGUUGCGAUGGUGAGACUACGUCUUUAUGAAGUGCUAACACUUUUGCCUGCCCAAUCAUAUGAAGGAAGUUACACCAGUCUUUUAAGGCUUUUGGUGGCUGAGUUUACCCUGACUGAAAACCCAGCUAAUACUACUACAUCGUUGCUUCGAAGCCUUUGCCACACUGAUGAUAGUGUGAUAUUGGGGUCCUGGCUGCAAGAAACUGAUCACAAGGCUAUUGAGGACCAGAUGGAGCCAAACAGAAGAUUGGAUAGGGAUAAUCUUCAACCAAAUAGUGCAUCGGGAUCAGGUGCAUUGGAACACGAUUUGACAGCUCUGUAUAAGUCACUGCCAAAGGGGGAGUCAAUUCCAGGUCCUUUACCAUUAGGAGUUGCUGUUAUUGACAUGUCUGUCAUCCUGUUUGGCCAGACAUUUCCUUAUGUAGCUGUUAAGCACAGACUGCAGAUGUUAGGUCACUUCUCACAAUGUAUUAGGCACACUAAGGCCUCAAGACAGGAAGCUGUUCAAAUUAACAUUUUCACAGCUGUUCUAAGUGCUCUAAAGAUGCUUGCAGAGACAAAAACUCCACUAGGACCUGAUGACGUGAGGCAAGCUGCUGCUAGUUUAGUGCUGGGAGCCUUGAGUCACCCAAAUCCUAUACUACGCUGUGCCGCAGGAGAGGCUUUAGGACGAAUGGCACAGGUUGUGGGUGAUGGCCGGUUUGUUGCAGAGAUGGCUCAGCACAGCUUUGACAAAUUAAAAACGGCCAGAGAUGCUGUAUCACGUACAGGCCACUCUCUAACACUAGGAUGUUUACACCGAUACGUUGGGGGAAUGGGAUCAGGCCAACAUCUUAACACUAGUGUUAGUAUUUUGUUGGCAUUAGCCAAUGAUACCAAUGCUCCUGUUGUUCAGGUAUGGGCUCUUCAUGCUAUAGCCCUCAUAGCAGAUUCUGGGGGACCAAUGUUCCGUGGAUAUGUGGAGCCUACCCUCUCUCUAGCUUUAAAAUUACUACUGAAUAUCCCUCCUUCCAAUGUAGACGUAUUGCAGUGUAUAGGAAAGAGUCUGUCUGCUUUGAUUACUACUGUGGGACCAGAAUUACAAGGAAAUACGAACUCCAUCAGCACUGCCCGUUCUUCCUUUUUGGUAGCCUGUGCCAUAAUGCAAGAUCAUGGUGACUCCCUAGUCCAUGCUGAAGCCAUUUCUUGCCUUCAGCAGUUACACAUGUUUGCUCCACGUCACGUUAAUCUAUCAACCCUUGUACCUACCCUUUGUUGUGUAUUAUACUCUUCCCAUCUUCUGUUAAGAAGAGCAGCAGUAGCCUGCUUAAGACAGCUGUCCCAGAGAGAGGCUAAGGAAGUGUGUGAACAUGCUCUUUCCUGGGCUAGAGAAUCGGGUGGCACCACAACUGGCUACAACUCUAAUAUCAGCAUUCCUGCAAUAGGAGAGACUGGGCUACCUGGUGUACUCUUUGCCAUGCUGGACGUAGAGAAUGACCUGAGGCUAGUAGGUCACAUCAAGGACACACUUACCAGCAUGUUACAGGCACUAGCGAGGGAGAACCUAGUUCAGUGGUUGAGUUUAUGUAAAGAUGUUCUUACUGCUGCUGAUUCUAGUUCAUCCAGCAUAUCAUCUUUGAAAGAAGCUGAGAGAGAAUUAGGAGAUAAUGAAGCAGAUGUAGAUGACGAGGAGAGAUUUAAAGCUUCAGAAGAGCCAGUAUCGCAUCCUUUUGUCUCUCCUCGUUGGCCCACUAGAGUGUUUUCUGCCAUUUCUUUGAGGAGGAUUAUUGAAGCAUGUGAUGGCAAUCGAGCUCAUUUUGAUUUAGCCAUGGCAAGGGAACAGAAAUUGAUUAGACCAAAAGAAGAUUUUUUGGUUCUUCAUCUGUCUGACCUGAUUAGGAUGGCAUUUAUGGCAGCUACAUCAGAAAGUGACCCUUUAAGGUUGGAAGGAUUAAGAGCAUUGCAGUUAAUUAUUGACAAGUUUUCCAAAGUUCCUGAACCAGAAUUUCCAGGUCAUGUAAUCUUGGAACAGUAUCAAGCUCAGGUUGGGGCUGCUCUUCGACCAGCAUUCUCACCAGAAACACCUUCUCAUGUUACUGCUAUGGCUUGUCAGGUGUGUAGUGCCUGGAUUGGAAGUGGUGUGGCACGAGACUUGAACGAUCUUCGACGCGUUCACCAGCUCUUGGUGUCAUCUCUGAACAAGCUUCAUAAAGGGACCAGCUCUCACCUGUACAAUGAGAGUGCUUCUACUCUAGAGAAGCUGGCAAUAUUGAAAGCAUGGUCUGAGGUUUUUGUUGUUGCAAUGGAACAGGAAAAACAACUAAGCAAUGUGCCACCAUCCCAAGAGGAACCUCAAAACGAUGAUGAUGGCAGUUGUGGACAAGAAAGUCUCUUAAAGCUUGUAACACCUGAACUUGUAUCUUUAAGCAAGCACUGGCUUGCUGCUUUAAAGGAUCAUGCAUUACUCUCACUUCCUGCAGAGUUUUCCAGUCAGUUACCCCAUGACGGAGGAGCAUUUUACACCCCUGAUACUAUGGAUUCUGCUCGACAGUAUUAUCGAAAGGCCUGGCCACCCAUCCUUCAUGCUGCAGCUCUUUGGCUCUGCACAGGAGGGUUUGAAGGUCUUGAACGAGAGUUUGAGCAAGAUGCAAACAACAGCGGAACAAUUUUAGGACCUCCUGGAAGCCCUAUGAACAAAGUUAUUUCAAAUCCUAAUUCUGAGAGAUUUCAUCUGCUCUUUGGUAUCUGUAUGGAGGCACUGUGUAGUCCUCGGUCGGCAGAAAGCCUAGAAUGUGUACUUGUCUGUUUACAAGCAUUACAGCUGCUUUUGAAACAUCCAUUGCCAAAAAGCAUUCUUGGCCAGGAUCCUCAGUUGUGCAUUGAACUGUGUAAUGUUUUACAUAGAAUUUUGCUUACCCGGGAAACUCCCCGAUGCCAGAUGAUUGUGAUGAAAAUUGCCCAUCUUUUGCUUGAAGCAAGACAUGAUGACAUUCGUUCUCAUAAAAAGAAGAAACUGAAAGAGCUUGCCCCUGCUAAUCAAGAACUAGAAGAUGUUGACACAGCAUUAGCUGCACUUGGAGAAGGUGGUGAAACUGGUGACAUAGUACCGGGACAGUCAGUAGUGUUUGCUCUACUCGAGGUGUGUCUGUGUUUGUUAGUCAGGCAGCUCCCUCAUAUCAGUCCUGCACUAGCUAACAAUACAGGCACGUUUGGCAUUCAGGCAGCCACACGAUCCAAAAAGUUGACAGAAGAAUCUUCAAAGUUGGUUGCUGCUACUCUGAGUGUCAUGGCUGAACUUCCAAACCUUUGUUCGCCCAAAGGUAGCACCACUGUCCUCCCGACCAUUCUCUACUUGACAACAGGAGUACUAAAAGAAACAGCUGUUCAGACUACUGAAGACAGAGGAUUAGUGGUAGCCUCGCCUCCAGUAAGCACCACAUUGCAAAGUCUGAAAUCUCUCUGCACCUCACCUUUCACAAGGAACAAACUGUGUGGUUCAGAGUGGCUCACUUUGCUCCAGAGUGCUUUAGCUCGGAUUUUGGAUCUCAGUAAGACAAGUUGUGAAGAUAGUAAACCAGAUGAAAUUUCCAUGUUGUUGGCUGUGGCAGUUUUCAUUCUCUCAGCUCCUGGAGAAGUUGUGUCAACACCAAAUCUUCAGUUUCCAUGUAUCAAUCUUUUUAAACAAGCACUGCAGCUCGAUGGAGACCUGGUACAGCUUAAAUGUGUUCAGACACUCCGUUCCAUGUUUCAACACCCUGAUCGAAGUAUAGCCACUCCAUACAUCCAUACUCUUGCUCCACGAGUCGUGGAAAUACUUGUGCAGUUGACUGCUGAUUUGACAACUCAGUCUACUGUUACUGAUCGCCAGUUUAGUCUAGCCACAGAAUGUCUGACCUGUCUAGACACACUGGUUACUCUGGCUCCUUCUGAUAAAAAAAUUCAUAUGCUGAGUCUGUACAUCCCCCUGGUGGUCAACCUUUUGAUAGAGCCAACAUUACAACAGGGGGCGUCACACAACAGGAAGAAGUUACACGACCAUGCUUUGCAACAGCUGAUCAAAGUGGGCCCUCAAUAUCCCCAGGACUUCCGCUCCAUCAUGACCCAAGCUCCCCAGCUGAGAGGGCGGCUUGAAAAUGCCAUAAGGAAGGGUUCGCUAAUUCACGUUGGAAGCCGAGAAUCUUCCACCGCACCUUCGAGUCAAAAAAUAAAUUCCUCCCAAGCUCCAGCAAUCAAAUUAAAGAUGGAUUUUAGCAAUUUCACUGGGUGAAAAAAACAAAAAAAUACACAGUUUGUUUUAAAUUAGUGUAAAUAUCAGAUAGCUGUCAUUUUAAUUUUAUAUAUGAUGGUCACAGAAGAACUGUACAGAAAAUGGUUAUAAUUCUAUAGGACUGGUAAGUGAGAGGUUGAACUAGCUUAGUAAAACAAAUUGCAAUAAAGAACAGUAUAUAUGUGUGCACAAUUAUCGCUUUCUCGUACUAGAACCUUCGAACCUUCUAACAGAUUUUUUCCCAUUAAAUUAUAAAGAUCUCAAGAGGUCCAUUGGCAUUUUUUGAGUCUAAAUUUAACACUUGGAAAUUUUGUAGAGAAUAGAAGAAAAGUUGUCUUUAUCCUAAACAAAAGUUAUAGAAGAUUCAGUCAAAGAAACCAUUAGAAUGAAGAAGUUAUAGGCAGUGAGAGCGAGUAAGUCAUGUAUCAGGUGUUUCUUAUUUCAGAAUGACCAGGGUAUCUACUGUGUGUGUGAUUUUUACACUACUUUUAUUUGGGGGGAAAAUAAACCCAACUAUAAUGAACUUUAUUUAUUCAUUAGCCAAGGAACAAUAGGUAAUAAUUGUAAUAAAAAUAAAAGUAAGAUGUGUGCUGGGAACGCUAAUACUUGUGACUUAUUUUUAAAGAAAAGCAUUUGUUUAAAAUAUAUGUGGGUAAAGUAAUCUUGUGGGUUGGCAUCCUAUCCACAAUAGUAUAAAAAAUAAUAGAGCUGAUACGUACAUUUAACAACCUCUUGUGGAAAAGCCAUCUUGUUCAUGUUUUUAACAAGUUUUUUUUGACCAGUGUCAAAAGAAAAUUAUCCUGGACAAUUUACUUUACAGAUAGGAUUUUUUUAGUGCGUGUCUCGAAAGUAUAAAGGUUUUAUUACCGUUAUAACCAGGAUUUUACUGUGAUGAGUGAAAAUGAUAAAUUGUCGAGGGAUUUGAAAAUUUAUAUAUGUGUUGUAUUUUCUUAGUUCAAAGGAUGAGAUUUCAGUUGCUGACUUGUUUAGGAUUUAAUUUAUUUAAUGCAUAGAUAGUAAUACUCAUUACACCUGUUACACUAGUUGAGGUUAUUCAUGCUUGGUCUAGAGCUUAAUGGUACUUCACUUUUAGGUUUGUUUCAGAAAUUGAAUGUGAUAGAGUAAUUUGGUUUUGACACAUCACACGUGUAUGGUUUAAGUUCCAGAAGAAGAAAAAACAGUAAAAGCUUACUUUACUUUGCUAAGUUAAUAAAUAAAAAUAAAACAAAACCACAACUUCAAUUAGUUCCCAUCUAAAAACUACAUAAACUGUUGUUGUUGUUGUUUUUCCUGGUGAUUAAAUGGCACAACCAGAUUUGUACAUGUAUUUUAGAUUCUGGUAACACUUUGAUAUUCUUCCAUUACAUAUAUAACAAGAAAUGAAAAUAUUAAUAAAAAUAAUAAAUAUAUGUGUCAGUAAUGUUGUGUUGAUAGGAUAACCAGAACUGUACAUGUAUGUCAGAGUCUAGUAACACUUUGAUGUUCUUCCAUUAUAUAACCAACAAAUCCAUGUAUAUUAAUAAAAAUAACAAAUGUAUCAUACAGUAAUGUUGUGUUUAUGGGAUAUCAAUCAUUGUCAUGGUUUAUAGCCUAUAUGAUCACCUAAGUCUAAUUAUUAGUUAGUAACUUUUUUUUUGAAAAAUGGUUUAACAGAAUCUGGUUUGUAAACAAUAAACUUUGGAUGUAUCAUCUGUUGAGUCGACAUCUUCUCAAUGAUAGAGAAUUCACAGAACAAGGGUUGGUCUUCAUGAGUGUUUUAAAAUAUCUAGUACUGUGUUGAGUUUAAAGUAACCUGACUUGUAUAAAAAAAAUUCUCUCAAGUUUGCAAGUAUUUUGUUAUAAAGUCACCUAAUGGAAUAGAUCGUAAAGUAAUGGAGGCCUAUAAUUUUGUUGUAAUUACAAACCUUCCCACUAAGAAGUUAUAUAAUUCACUUUUAGAACUGUCACAGUGUUUUGUUCUUCUCUAGCUUGAUUACAAACCUUCCCACUAAGAAGUUAUAUAAUUCACUUUUAGAACUGUCACGGUGUUUUGUUCUUCUGUAGCUUGAUUACAAACCUUCCCACUAAGAAGUUAUAUAAUUCACUUUUAGAACUGUCACAGUGUUUUGUUCUUCUCUAGCUUGAUUACAAACCUUCCCACUAAGAAGUUAUAUAAUUCACUUUUAGAACUGUCACAGUGUUUUGUUCUUCUGUAGCUAGAUUACAAACCUUCCCACUAAGAAGUUAUAUAAUUCACUUUUAGAACUGUCAGUGUUUUGUUCUUCUGUAGCUUGAUUACAAACCUUCCCACUAAGAAGUUAUAUAAUUCACUUUUAGAACUGUCAUGGUGUUUUGUUCUUCUGUAGCUAGAUUACAAACCUUCCCACUAAGAAGUUAUAUAAUUCACUUUUAGAACUGUCACAGUAAAAACAGAAUAUAAUUACAACAUAGUAGCCAAUGUCUUUCUGUAUUAAAAGUAUACGAAAUAUUUUGAUUAUUAUGGCUAGUUGUACAGUAGGUUAGAUAUAACUUAUGUUACCAUUGGUGAAUUUGAUUACUUCAUGUUGUGUGCCCCCUAUUUUCAAGUAAGAGGCGUGUCAUAUGGUUCCUUGCAUAAUGUUCGCUAUCGGUCAGGUCCGGCAUUGGUUGGUGUUUAAACACAAGUCAAGAUGAGUUGUAAAAAAAACUUGCUAUCUUUAUCAUCAAAUAUCUUUCAAGGUUCUAUAGUUGUAAUAAUUAUUUGAAUAUUUUAGUUAAAAAUCUUCCCAUUUCUUUUGAUAAAUAUUGUGUAUUCUGAUUAAGACAGUGGAAGAUAGUUUCGCAGUCUAUCUUAAUGAAAUUUUCUCUGUUUAAUCUUGUAAAUGGGUUGUAUUUUGUGAGGUGUUGUGGAAACUGUGAAGAAAGGGGAAAGAGUUUAAUCAGUAACUUAGAGUUAACUUUGUAAUGUACAUCUUUUAGUGCCAGAUUUAUAAGUUUUGGUUGUAUUUUAUACUACUUAUUUAUAUAUAUAUAUCACACUAUAUACUGUAAGUAUACACAGAUUUCUAAUUCUUUCACGUGUAUAUGUAAGGUUACUAUUAUGGCAAUCUUAAGUUUGCUUGUAUACAUUAUAUGUCUUGAUAUUAGUUAAGUUAUGAUAGAAAAAGCUUUCGGUUUGAUUGGAUUAUAUAUUUGUGAGGUCCUUUCAAUAUUGUACUUGCAUGGUUGGUCUUUUCUUCUUUAAAGUCAUUAUAAGAAUCACAUAAUUACAGGACAUCACUCUUCACAGUUCUGUACUGAAGUUUUAAAAAACGUGAACCUUCUGGCAAUUGUUAGGUUAACAUCACAGGUUGACUGUAUUAGUUUUUUAAAUAUUGUUUGAUAUUACAAUCCAUUAAUUCUCUUCUUAUGAUAUUAAAGAUGAAACACGUACACAGUCACUUGGUAAGUUAUUGAAAGCCAUUUUAUGGCUGCUUACCGACCAUAACUGAUGCAUUGUAAUUUAGAUGUUUAAAAUCAGAUAAUUUUAGGCUUAUAUGAAUCAUAAAAAAAUGGAUAUUUUAAUUUCUUCAACGUGAAGCACAGUUUAGAAAUGAAUGUCUUAGAACGUGGACCAAAAGGCUGUAUGUGGUUUACCCCUGAAAAUAUUUGAUGGAUCUUGUAUUGAAGUGUGUGUUUUAAUUAAAAAGCUACUAAGAAUCCAGAUUUAUUUGGUUGUAAGUCAUGUUAGGGAAGUGUGUUUUAAUUAAAAAGCUACUAAGAAUCCAGAUUUAUUUGGUUGUAAGUCAUGUUGGGGAAGUGUGUUUUAAUUAAAAAGCUACUAAGAAUCCAGAUUUAUUUGGUUGUAAGUCAUGUUAGGUUACUAUGCUUCUUAGCUUUAUUAAUACGAAGUUAAAGAAUAGGUUGAAUAAACUCCACGUUUUUGAUAUUUUUAUUUAAAGAAGAAUGACAUUCUGAGCUAGCACUCAUCAUCAGAUUGUACAGCAUCCUUCUUUAAAUAUAAAAAAACGUGGUGUUUAUUCAACCUAUUCUUUAAUUUCGAUAUCUUUGCAGGUUUAAAUAUAUAUUUCAACUUUAUUAGUACACUUUGAUGUCAAAGCCUGUGGCCAAACGUGUAGGAGUUAGUUCCUGUGAAAACUUUAAAAUGUUAAUUAUUUAUGGUAUUUUAAUUCUGUCAUUUCUGUAUCUAGAUUGUAAUAGUGAAGGUAUGUAAGAAAAGAUUAAUAAUAAAUGUUAUUUCAGAGGUGUA